GAUUCGUGAUGUCAUACGUAUGUCAACAAAGGACAAUAGGAUCAUUGCUCAAAACAGCACGUUUUCAGAUGAAAUCGAUUGUUACCUAGUACCAGGCACCUGCCAGUUACCUGGGUACAUACGCACGUAAAGGAAUUCCAAAUAAUUGCCCCCAUCACCCCUCUACCUAGGAUUCGGGACCUUAUAGCUUCGGGUCGGUCAAGCAAAGUAGUAUCCGCGAACCCCGGAUAAGGCGAUACACCCAAGGUUUGAAAUUUUAAAAAGAAUGAAUAUAAAUCGACCGUUGUCGAAGACAUCUCGAGUUACGCAGAAAUUCAUCAUCAGACCUUCAUAUUACAACCACUCUGUCUUACACGUUCCGGCUUUUCAAUAUCAACCCAGAUCAAUAUUUAAAAGUCAUCUGACGCCAGCAACCAUCAAUUUUGGCAAUAAGAUAGCCAUAUUUAAAGGGACGAUCUCCCGAGCCUUGCCAGGUACUCAAGCAAGGAUUAUAUCAACAUUCACUAUGUCCUCCAAACUCAUUCCCUCCAAUCCAUCUGACGUAGCCGUCAUCCGGACCGUCACGCCUAACGUCGUGACCGUCUCCGUACCAUUUGCCCGGUUCGGCAUCGUCCGAGUCGGUGGUCGCGGCACCAUAAUACGCCUGACCUCGGGCACACUGGCCGUCUUCUCCCCCGUCGCCCUCACCCCCGAGGUGCAAGCCAAGGUCAGCGAGCUCGGCGGGAACGUCGGAUACAUAAUCGCGGGCGACAUCGAGCACCACAUCUUCAUCACGGAAUGGGCGAAAGCCUACCCUUCCGCCAAGAUCCUCGGGCCCCAGGGUUUAGCUGAGAAGCGCGCGAAGGUGCACGACGACCCGAAGAUCGGGCACGAGCCGUUCGCGUUCGAGUGGACGGCCGCGAACCGGAGCUCGAACGCGGUGAGCGACGAGUUCGCCGCCGACUUCGAGGUCGAGUACGUCGACGCGCACCCCAACAAGGAGGUCGUGCUGCUCUACAAGCCGGACCGCGUCCUCAUCGAGGCCGACCUCGUCUUCAACCUGCCGGCUAUCGAGCAGUACUCGCGCGUGCCCGAGGCGCAGAAGGGCGGGCACGCGCUCCUGAAUAGGAUGUUUGAGUCCGUCAGCAAUACGAGCGGCGAGGCUAAGGGGGUCAAGCGGUUCCUGUGGUAUGCGAUUAGUAACGGGGCGAAGGACCGCCCUGGCUUCAAUCGCAGCAUCCAGCGGAUCGGGUCUUGGGACUUCGACACUCUUAUUCCUUGUCACGGCGAGACGAUCGUCGGGGGCGCCAAGGAGGUCUUCAAUAAGGUGUUUGAGUGGCAUCUGCAGGGUCACAAGUAAGGGGUAGCCGGGAGCGGGAGCCUACGCGGGUGAUCUACGUCGGUGGCGUAUGUUGGUGGCUUAAGGACUCCCGGACGUGGAGGGAUCCGAACCCAGCGGGAGAGAUUGUCCCCUGGAGCUUUCCUUGCAUAUUUUUAUUUUAUUUUGAGGUGCGAGGCGUUAGAAUAGAGACGACUUCAAGGAUCUUAAUGGUGUACAUAUGUAAAUGCUGGAAGCCGGUCGAUCUCAUUGUAUGAUGAUGCAUGGGCGCGGAGGUUCACGGUGUCUUCCGGAGUAUCUGGGGCAUAUUAGAGAUGAUACCAGGUUCAUUUUGUUUCAUAUGACUAAAAUUGCGUUUACACCUGCCCCGAAAGGUAGAAAUUGAAUCUCAUCACAUCA